UGCCGCCCCUCGUGCCCGUCGCGGCUGCGCCGGCGCCGCCACCCCCACAGCGGGCGGCGGUUCGUGCGCGGGGCCGACGGCCGGCGUGGGACUGACGCGGGCGGGAAGGUUUCCUAGAUCUAAAAGAAAGGCUGAGUUAGAGUACCCUUCCAAAAUGGCUGCUAUUAAAGAAGAGAGAGAAGGAGAAGACUAUAAGAGGAAAGGAAGACGAUCCUCACAGCAGAAAUACCGUAGACUGAAUAAGGGCCAUGAGCCAAAGGAGCCAGAGCAGUUGAGAAAACUGUUCAUCGGAGGUCUGAGCUUUGAAACAACAGAUGAUAGCUUGAGAGAGCACUUUGAGAAAUGGGGCACACUCACGGACUGUGUGGUGAUGAGAGACCCACAAACAAAACGUUCCAGAGGCUUUGGCUUUGUGACUUACUCCUGUGUGGAGGAGGUGGAUGCUGCCAUGAGCGCUCGACCACAUAAGGUUGAUGGACGUGUGGUUGAACCAAAGAGAGCAGUUUCAAGGGAGGAUUCUGUAAAGCCUGGGGCACACCUCACGGUAAAGAAGAUAUUUGUUGGUGGAAUUAAAGAAGAUACAGAAGAAUAUAAUUUAAGGGAGUACUUUGAAAAGUAUGGCAAGAUUGAAACUAUAGAAGUCAUGGAAGACAGGCAGAGUGGAAAGAAAAGAGGCUUCGCCUUUGUAACUUUCGAUGAUCAUGAUACAGUUGAUAAAAUUGUUGUUCAGAAAUACCAUACUAUAAAUGGACAUAACUGUGAAGUGAAAAAAGCACUCUCAAAACAAGAGAUGCAGACUGCUAGCUCUCAGAGAGGUCGUGGGGGUGGCUCAGGCAACUUCAUGGGCCGUGGAAACUUCGGAGGCGGUGGAGGGAAUUUUGGCCGAGGAGGAAACUUCGGUGGGAGAGGAGGCUAUGGGGGUGGUGGUGGCGGUGGUGGGAGCAGAGGAAGCUUUGGGGGUGGUGACGGAUACAAUGGAUUUGGUGAUGGYGGCAACUAUGGAGGUGGUCCUGGCUAUGGCAGCAGAGGAGGUUAUGGUGGUGGUGGAGGACCAGGAUAUGGAAACCCAGGAGGUGGAUAUGGGGGUGGAGGAGGAGGAUAUGAUGGCUACAAUGAAGGAGGAAAUUUUGGUGGUGGUAAUUAUGGUGGAAGUGGAAACUACAAUGAUUUUGGCAAUUACAGUGGGCAACAGCAGUCUAACUAUGGUCCAAUGAAAGGUGGUGGCAGCUUUGGUGGCAGAAGUUCAGGCAGUCCCUAUGGUGGUGGUUAUGGAUCUGGAAGUGGAAGUGGGGGCUAUGGUGGUAGAAGAUUCUAAAAAUGCUACCAGAAAAAGGGCUACAGUUCUUAGCAGGAGAGAGAGCGAGGAGUUGUCAGGAAAGCUGCAGGUUACUUUGAGACAGUCGUCCCAAAUGAAUUAGAGGAACUGUAAAAUCUGCCACAGAAGGAACGAUGAUCCAUAGUCAGAAAAGUUACUGCAGCUUAAACAGGAAACCCUUCUUGAUCAGGACUGUCAUAGCCACAGUUUGCAAAAAGUGCAGCUAUUGAUUCAUGCAAUGUAGUGUCGAUUAGAUGUACAUUCCUGAGGUCUUUCUCUGUUGUAGCUUUGUCUUUCUUUUUUCUUUUUAUUUUCCCAUUACAUCAGGUAUAUCGCCCUGUAAAUUGUGGUAGUGGUACCAGGAAUAAACAAAUCAAUGAAUUUUUAACUUUUCAAUAUUUGUGUAGUUCAGUUUUUCCACAUUUAGUACAGAGUACUCUAUAACAGAAAUGAAAUGUAGUUUAGGGUGUUUCCUUGUUAAUAGAGAAGAUAAAUGCAUUUCUCAAUUACUAUUUUGUAUUAAUUUAAAKUUAACAAUAGAAACACCUAUUGAUUUGCAGUCUUAAGGGUCUAGUCUCAGUGUAUAUACAUAACUGUCAUUGACAUGAGUUACAUAGGCAUACAGAGGAAAAACAUCUGUAUGUUGCAUUAUAGUUUGUUUAGAUGUAUAACUAGGAUUGAGUUACUCAAAUUAGUGUUUGUGAAUCAUAGAACUAAGCUUUACCUUAAUGAAAAUUUCGAUUUACCUUUUGGUUUGUGCCUAUUUUUUUAAUUUGUAGUUCUGUGUUAGUACUAGCGCUUCAAGAAAAUAAGGCAUGAUAAAUAUUUUAACAAGACCGACUUUAGACACAUGAAAGCUGUCUCCCGUCUCAUUUGAGAUGCAUAAGGGAUAACUGAAGUUGUUUAAGUCUUGGGUGAAGAGAAAAAGAAUUUUGCUUUUUACCUUUAUAUUUAUUGUAAUUCCCAAGAAGUUAAGGUGGGGGGAAUCAAGUGCCUGUUUCCUUGGGAUAUACAAUGAUUCUGUUUCAAUAAAACUAUACUUUGGGGAGGGUUGCGUGGAAUUUUCAUCCCCUUUGUCCGCAUUUCCUGCUCCCUCGCACCAGACUGCACUGUUUCAAUUAAAUGAGGCAUCAUAGUGAGAGUAAUAGGUAUGUUCCUCAAUAAUUUAAUGGCUAUAUACUUUCUUGCAUGCACCCUAGGCAAUUUUCUGGACACAAUCUUCAGACUGGGAGCCAAAGGUAGCACAGGUGUAAUCACUGACAGUCCCAGGUAAUGCGUUCCAAAAGCCCAUUCCCUGUGGGCCCUUAAGUAGUAGAGUUCUUAAAACUGUUUCCCUGGCAGAUGCUUGUGCUCAGCUAAGAGCUAAAAGAUAAAACAUGAUCUAGUUGUAUUUUACUGACUAGAAGCACUUCCACAAUGUCGAGUGGUACAGUCCUGAGUUUCCACAGGUAGAAUGAUAGUGUGCUUCAAUUGGAUUUGGUGCAGUGGUGUAGAAAAUCUGACCAGUACGUGUGGCUAGCAAUUGUACUUCAUUCUCACUUCUGACCUCCAAAUUAAGGCACUGCAGUCUGUCCUGUCCUCAUCUGAUGUGAAUUCUCUUGACUAUUGCCAGGCCAGUGCUUGCUGUCAAUUCAGACUCAGAAGAGUAGGGGCCCAGUCAAUAAAAGAAAUACUCAGACACUUGGCAAUA